AUGGCACUCGCCUGGUAUACUCAAUUGUCGGCGGGGUCAAUUGACAACUUCAACACUCUGGUGAGGCGAUUCACGGCACAGUACGCAACGAGUCGGCUUCACCACAUCACGUCAGCCGCCUUGGCCAGCCUCAAACAGGGCAACGACAAACCGUUGAGGGCGUUCAUGGAGCGCUUUGCUAGCACCUCGGUCAAGAUCUGCAACUUAAAUCUCGAGGUCGCCCUUCACGCCAUGCUCAUGGAGCUUAAGCCAGGACCUUUCGUUGAUAACCUGUGUCGACGACCUCCCCAAGACAUGGAUGAACUCUGUGCCUGA